AUGCAAGUAUUCGAACUUUCUCCGAUAAGAAUUCCCUUCUUGUCCACUCAUCUCUAUCUAACAAGUGAUGAGGAUUUGGAUAAGGCUUGUUUGUUGUAUGGAGAUGCAGAAACUCAAACUUUGAGUAUUGCUACUUCUACCACACCACUUGUUUUUAUUAGUGAUCCGAAAAUGUUGAAGGAAUAUUUCAUUACUAAGGGUCAUUUGUUUGAGAAACCAGGAUAUGAGGUGGUGAAUUUCUUUGGAGAGGAUAAUAUUUUGACAGCUACUAAUACUGAAAAAUGGAAGAAACAUUACAAGAUUUGUUCGGCAGCUUUCACACCAAAGAAUUUAAUGUAUGUGUGUAAGGUUGCUGACAAGUCUUGUGAUUUAUUGUUUGAAAUUUGGAAUGAGAGAUUGAAAGAGAAUGGAUCUAUGAUUUUGGAUGUAAAUGAAUAUUCGAAUCUUACAUUGGUACCUGGCACACCAGUCAAUGUCAAGAAAAUCAUAGAAACCAUACCAAAAGACCUCGAUGUAGUCUUUCUCCAAGAAGUUUGGCUCCAAUCUCAUUCCCACCUAAUUUCUGAAGAGCUGAAAUCCUCAUAUCCAUACUCCUUCCAUGGACACAAGGAAGUUGUGAAUGAAGCAUCUUGUACGGAUGAUUCAUUCCAUAGAUUCGCUCUUCCUUUCCUUCAUUGUGUCCGUGAAAAAAAUUUGACACUUUCGUGGACAACUUUGGGACCUUGUGCUGAAUUUUUGAGUCGAGCUGCCUAUGGAAACUUUAAAUGUAUAUCCUGUGUCCUGACAUCUGUCGUUGAGAAUAAGAAUAUAGCCAAUUGUUACACUCCUGGACACACAGGUCAGGAAUUUCUCUAUGACGGCUCCAAUGGAUUGAUGGUUCUGAGUAAGACACCAAUCUCACGUGCCAAUUACACUUCCUAUCCUUCAUUUUUAUUGAGUAGAGGAUUAUUAGAGAUGUGUAUCAAUGGAUUAUUUAUUAUGGAGUCACACUUUCCUUUUAAUUUUGGGAUUGACUUGCCAGUAAUGUAUCAACCAGAGUUUUCUAGGAUGGUUAUCAUGAAGAGACCUAAUAUCUUGGUUGGUGAUUUGAAUAGUGGACCAUUGACGCAACCAGAAGGUUAUGAAACACUUGCUGGAUAUGGAUAUCAGUCAAUUGAUCCAAAUAAGGCAACUUUCUGUGUGAAUGGAUUAAAUUGGGAAAUUGGCGAUUGUUCUGAUGAUCCAGAAAGAAAUACUGGAAUGGAUCAUAUCAUGGUUGAUAAAUUUAGUAGAAUUUUGGAAUGGAAUUCCAAUAAUUCCUUCAAACUCCAAUUAUUUGGAGAUUCAACUCCAACUCCGAGUGAUCAUUUGGGUAUCACAACUGAGCUGAAUUAUAAUAUGGCUAGAAAACAUCCAUAUUGUGUCUAA